AAAGGGAUCUGAGACUGCACAGGACUGUUGUCUUUCUUUUCCUGAGUGACAGCUCCAUUGAAGUGGGACCAGAGAGUCUGUCUCCCCUGUUCGCUCAGCAUUUGUCCACAAGGCUGGAUGUAUCACCCAGCAGAGCUGUACUCUGGCCGCAACACAUGGGACUCCUACCAAGCUGGAGGACCGAACAGAGGACAAUGGACUCCCAUGAACAGUCGCCCCUGGAACCGUACACACAGAUGUCAAGGAGGGCGCAAUCAAUCACAUCAUCCACCAUCAAGUCAUAUUUAUAGCAGGGGGGAAAGAACAGCCAAUCAUGCCCAGGAAAAGAGUCAUCCCAGGGGGCACAGACUGUCACUACGUCCUUGGGACUGCAAGGACCAGCCUUAUGGGGGCCAGAACUGGCACCACAACUCCACACGCUCAUUCCACAAUCGAGCUGGCAGCCACAGUGGUUAUCCCACAGGACUGGGAGAACGUUAUAUAAACUGGGACAACAAUGGCAACCACUCCACAUACGGGGGUCCUCGACCACAUCACAACAACCGAGAGCUGCUGUCCCCUCCGGAGAGAUGGGUCCCCUCAGACUGCCGCAGGACCUUCCCAGGCAGAAUGAUAGAUCACAGACCAGGGCCCUGGAAACGGCCAGCCCUCCACCAGCGCCGAGACCAACUCCACCAGCACAGUCCACCCCCACAGCACCCCUUAUCCCCUCGGGAAGAGUGCCCUGCCAAGAGGAGAAGAAACUCUGGCCCUGAUCAGUCAUCUCACCUUGGAUCAAAGCAUUUAGCUUUACAUGCCCACGCACCAUCACCAUCUCGGUACCACCGCUGCAGCCAAGACAACUGGAAGCCUCCAAAUGACAGGGCAGGUCCUUGCCACCACUCUGACCACAGGACCUCACCAACACAGGAAACCUCUAAACUGAGAACUGGAGGACAAGGCUUUUAUAACAGUAACCUAUCAGGUCAAGGCCACAGCUGUUCUUCUUCCUCUCACACUCAUCACCCUCCUCUAUCACUGAGCUGUGGCAACAGACCACCACACCACGGAAGCAGAGGGAAGGUUGACCGGAAAAUGCCCUCUUCACCAGCAGACCACACCCGUGUGCCUUACAGCCGCCAAAACCAUCAUUACCACUAUCCACGGCACACAGGCCAGCCCAGAGCCCUACAGCACAGCCCCCUGCCACACCCUCUGGAUGGCAAGGACAACCGGGGCCACCACCACAAGCAAAGCACAGAAGUUCAGCGCACUAAUGCACGGGGCAAGUCAAGGAGUGAACCCCUCUCCGAGACCUCUGGUGCAGAUCCUCCUCUCUAUCCAUCUCACCACUGCAGCCCCAAAGAUGGGGAUUCCUCUACCAUCAGUCCUCCAUCUCCUUCCAGUCCCUUAACACACACCAUGUCCAGUGGGAGAAAAGACCCAUUAGCGGUUCAUCAGCGGAGUCCCAGCCAAAGUUUAGACAUCGCUGUACUGCAAAACAGAGGACAGCAGAAACUACAGGGAAGUCCUAGCCAUACUCAUACCUCUAGUUUAACAUCUACCACUUGUCUCACGUCUUCUGCUGGUCCGAAUUCUGGGUUCCCUAUCACAGAGGUAAAAUCUAGAAAGACCUCACAGCCCCUUAGCUCCCAACAGUCCACCCACCACAGAUCAAGAGCCAGCAAACCUGAGAGAGAUUUUGGAGAAUACAAAAAACUCGAGUGCAAACAUAAGAAUAAACAAGGCAAAAGGGAGAGAAAAGAUGAAAUGUGGAAGAUCAACAGAAGGGGUGAGGAGAGAAAAAGGCAGAAGAAAAAAGAGGAAAAAAAGAAGAAGAACUUAAAGACAUUACUGAAAUUGGAAGAACAAAGCUACAAAGGCGACAGAAGAAAGAAAAAAGAGAAAGCUGCAAAAGAGGGAAAACAUGGGUCAGGCUCAACAAGUAAAAUCCAAGAAAAAACAGAAAAGGAAAUGUUUACAUCUUCCUGUACAUGCUGUUCAGCAGACGUGACCAAAAUGAGCCACCGUAAGGUUCAGGCUACACCUCUGAGCCCAGAUAGGAAAGGCCACUCUCGACAGACACCAUCUACCCCAUCUAAACAUAAACCCAGGGAGAGGGAGGACAGAGCAGAGAGAUUGUCACAGAGACAUCAGACAUGCAUAGAUACUCAAAAUACUUAUGAGAGUCACUCAUCACCUGGAGGAACUCUUCAUCCCAGACGUACUUCACCAUCCCUAUCCACAAUAUCAGAAAAUCAUAAAAUGCCGGAACAAGGCUGCAGUCCACCCAAACUGGCUGUCAAGGACGAACUACUACAGUGUCUACCCACUAACACCAGCCCCAACCAGACCAGCGAGAAGACCCAGUCCCUCUCAGAGGGCGGACCAAAAGCAAAUCCUGAUGAUACAUUCCCUUCCCUUUCAUAUAAAGCCUUAGCACUUCUCAGUACAGCGAGUUCCACUGGGAUAGAGGAACCCAUCCAUGGCAAAGCCGGGGGGCAAGGAGGGGUCCUUAAGGCUCCAGAUCUACAGCCAGCGGUAGUGAUAGGGAGUUUGACCGAACUGGGAGACAACCCAGCAGCCAGCCCCCCUGUUCUCAGUUGGCAGGGCUCUCCAGUAUCAACUCUGGGGGAAGAUGAUGAUGAGUUGGAAAAGGGAGUGAUAAGGAGACCCGUCCUUCAGCCCAGCCCCACCCAUUGCUUUUCUCCUUCACAUGGAGACAGUGAGAAGGUUGAUGAAGAACAUAAGGAGCACUGUGAAGGUACAGUGACAGAUUAUUCCCAUAAUGACAUGGACAAGCUCUGUGGUUCACCUUAUACAGCUAAGCAGGAAGAAGAGGAAGAAGAGUUGGACAGCAGUACAGAUACAUCUAGCUCACUCCUCCUGUGUCGGCUUCGGCACCAUAAGACAGGAUUAGAUGAUGUCUUCAAGAGCCUGGCAACAUUUCUUGGUGGCCAGAGGGUCGCAUGUCGGGGCGGUCCAUUUGGUUGGCCUCCUGGUAGCACCACAGGAGGGGUGAAGUUCUCAUCUUCUCUUGCACUGGGGCCUGAAAUCCAGUGUCAGGACCAUCAAGAUUUUGCCACUGCAUCAGAUCCCAUAUUCUCCUCUAAACCCACCAACCAGUCACCAACCCAUGCUACCUCAGACACACUUUUGAAAUCCCAUGGUACAACAGACCUUAGUCAUCCUGUCACAAAGAGCCUAGAGGAGACAGAGGAAGAGAUGAAGAAUGAUAUAAAAGAGAAAAGAGAGGGUAAGGAUAUGGAGACAUUCUCUGAGAGAUCAGAGACAACUCUUUUGGCUGGGUCACUGAGUGCUGAGUUGAGACUGACCACCACACACACAGCCUCUCUAACCGGCCUCCUUCCUGUGCCCACCAAGCAAGAUAGAGGAACCAGUGAAGGAUUGGGACACAAUCGCACAGACAAAAAAAGGAAACAAAUGAUUGAGGAUGAAAGAAAGGAAGGAGAGGUCAAGAUCAAGAGAAAGAAAGAAGAAAGCAGUGUCAUCCAUAACCAUCACAAGAAUGGAGCAAAUGAGAUUAGGAAGUUGAGAGAAAAGAAUGAAUGUAAAACAACACCUGUGUCAUCAUUGGUGCCAUUGUUCUGUAGUAACUUACCUAAAUUGCUGAAGGACAAUAUGAAGGACCAGCUUCCUCAGGAAAAUAAAAACCCACAGUGCAAAGACAUCCAGAGAGAAAAGGUGCACACAGGGACUGCUGAGCAGGUGACACUAGUAGCAGAGAAGAAGACAGAGGUCAGUGAGUCUGAAAAAAAGGUAUCCUCACCAGUUGGAAACAUAGAAACCAAGAUCACAGGCCCAGCGCCAACUAUAACAAUCAAUACAUCCAAAUCAUGCGUCUCCACACCUUCGAGUAAACCUCCCUCCUCAUUACCCUCAGUUGACCCCCUCAGGCUGAAGGCAUUGUCCAUGGGAUUGUCAAAGGAGCUGAAGAUCCACUUGAUUAAAGUGGAGACUGUAGGCAGACAGACGUUCAUCACAUCAGAGAUGGAGGAGAGAAGAAUCCCACUUUCCAACAUCAGCAUUGAAAACACAGCCAGCGAAGUGAUCAGAGCAUGCAAGGGGGCAAGGGUGAAGGGGAAGUUCAAGGAGUCGUACCUGCUCCCUGCCUUCUCUGUCAAGCCUAACAUUGCCAUCGAGACCCCCAUCCCUCGAGAGAAGCUUAACCCACCCACACCUAGCAUCUAUUUGGAGAGCAAGCGAGAUGCCUUCUCUCCAGUUCUGCUCCAGUUCUGCACUGAUCCCAAAAACGCUGUCACUGUCAUCAGAGGCCUUGCUGGCUCCCUCCGCCUUAACCUAGGUCUGUUCUCCACCAAAUCUCUGGUGGAGGCCAAUGCUGAACAUGCUGUGGAAGUGCGGACUCAGGUGCAGCAGCCUGCCGAUGAGAACUGGGACCCCAGUGGCUCAGCGCAGACUUGGCCCUGCGAAAGCAGUCGCUCGCACACCACCAUCGCAAAAUACGCCCAGUACCAGGCCUCCAGCUUCCAGGAGAGCCUGCAGGAGGAGAAGGAGAGUGAGAAUGAAGAGGAGGGAGAACAAACAAAGCCCUCAGAUCCAUCUGCCAGUCCGAGCCAAACCACCAUAAAAGCUGGUCCUGUCCUAGCCAACUGUAAAGGCGGUCCUAACUCGGCUACCACUAAAACCGUUUCUAUCCCUGUCAUCAACAAAACCCACCCUGUCCAUGUCACCAGCACACCCAGCCCAGAGCAGAAACCAGCGGGAAAGAUCAUUAAAUUUGGGACCAACAUUGAUCUCUCUGAUCCUAAAAGGUGGAAGCCCCAGCUACAGGAGCUGCUGAAGCUGCCAGCUUUCAUGCGUGUGGCAUCAAGCAACAACAUGCUCAGUCACGUCGGUCACACCAUCCUGGGCAUGAACACUGUCCAGCUCUAUAUGAAGGUGCCAGGUAGCCGCACACCAGGUCACCAGGAGAAUAACAAUUUUUGCUCAGUCAACAUCAAUAUUGGGCCUGGUGACUGUGAGUGGUUUGCUGUCCAUGAGCACUACUGGGAGGCCAUCAACAACUUCUGUGAGAAGCAUGGAGUCGACUACCUCACAGGGUCCUGGUGGCCAGUCCUGGAAGACCUCUACAGUGCCAACAUUCCCGUGUACCGCUUCAUCCAGAGGCCAGGAGACCUGGUGUGGAUCAAUGCAGGGACUGUACACUGGGUCCAGGCUGUGGGCUGGUGCAACAACAUCGCCUGGAACGUGGGGCCACUUAACUCCUACCAGUAUCAACUAGCCUUGGAGCGCUUUGAGUGGAAUGAAGUCAAGAAGGUCAAGUCAAUCGUUCCAAUGAUCCAUGUCUCGUGGAAUGUGGCGCGCACCAUCAAAAUCACCGACCAGGACACCUUCAAGAUGAUCAAACACUGCCUCCUGCAGUCCAUCAAGCACAUCCAGAUUAUGAGAGACCAGCUGGUGGCCGCAGGGAAGAAGAUCUGUUACCAGAGUCGCGUGAAGGACGAGCCAGCCUACUAUUGCAACGAGUGUGAUGUGGAGGUGUUUGACCUGCUGUUUGUGACCAGUGAAAACAGCAGCAAAAAGACCUAUGUGGUGCACUGUGAGGACUGUGCUCAUGCUAAGAGCCCUUCACUGGCAGGAGUGGUGGUGCUGGAGCAGUAUCGUAUGGAGGAGCUGAUGAGAACCUACGACACCUUCACUUUGGCUCCAACACCCUUUCCAAAGUGAGGACUCCUCCAUGCUGUCUAUCAGCCAUAACCAAAACUCCUUCUCAAUGGCAGCACAGAUGUGGUCGUCGAGGCAGCCUCUCACUGCGAACACUUUCUGAAUCAGCCAAUCACGUUUACUCAGUAUUGUUUACAUCACACAAUAAGGUAUGGACACUCAGCCAAUCCAACAAGAGCUCACUGUCUUCCCCAUACAAGCUGCUGAUUGGACUUGUGUUUUGAAAUAGAAUGACUAGACUGGUACUACUCAUGAAAAGCAUUGCCGAUGCGUACAAAAAAAUAAUAAAAAAAAUAAAUAAAUGAAUAAAAUGUGAGCAGUCCUAGCACUGGGGAUCAGGUCAUAUGUUCAACGGACACUGCUGUGAUUCAAAAGCGUCAAGUAGCCAGUUUUGUGUGUUAAUUCAGGUACUUUUAUGCAAAUCCGGUAGAACUUUUUCUACCAAUCUAGUUAUUCUAUAUGUCCAUGAAUUUGCUGUGAUUCUACGGUACCAGCAGGGGAAUCGCUUCACAGGCGAAGUAGCUGAUUGUCACAAAUGGCAUUGUACUGGUUCCUGUUUUGUUUGUUAUUCAGGUAAAACUCUGACAUUUGUAAUUCUUGUCUGUAUACUCUCUGAGGUGCUAUUCCAAUCUUAUUUAUUCUGACUUAGAUAUUACAAAAGUUUUACCAGCCUAGAAGUACACCACAUUGGCCUUGUGAACUGUAUUUAGAGGAGAGGUAAUUAGAGAAUCAAACACACACAAAUAAUGUUUUAUGUAAGUAUUAAAAAUAACAACUGAAGACUUUUUUCAGUUUCUCUAAAAUACGGGUUUACUAGAGGACUAAUAUGGUUUCAUUCUUAGUUGGAAAUCUAGUGUGUAGGUGGUAAAUUAGGUUUCUUUUGUUUUUGUUUUUUGUUUUUUUUGUUUUUCAUAAGUCGAGCUAAAUUGUCUUGGUGUGGUUGCUACAAUACACAGAGAAAAAAGAUCUAUUGUUGUUUACUUUUCAGUUUUGGAACGGGAAUGCCUUCCCAGUUUUAUACCUCUUUUUGUUGCUACAGUUUGUCUUUGUUUCCGGGUUACAGAGAAAAAGAAAGAAUUGUAAAUUGUGAAUUAAUUUAUAGCAUAUACUCUGGUGUGCAUAGGAGGGGUGCAGAGAGGGUAAUCACCCUUUUUGCUUGGGGUGACUUAACAAAAAUAUCAAAUGGGACACACAAUCAUUUAAAUGCAAAAGCCAAAGGGGGGCAAGAGGGAAGCAAAUGUGCAGACGGCAGGGCACCUCAGUGCUUUUUGUCCAAAGGUCAGUCCUGAUGACAGCCAACAUUGCACUGGGCCACAGACCAGCACCGCACGUUGCCCUGGGGUUGAACAUAUUGCCACUUUAACAUUUUGAAGAGUGGAUGCCUGGAGGCCUGACCAGAUCGGCCAAACCAUCACUUCAUUCUAUUUUUUUAUUAUUUUUUUUUUCUAUUUUAUGUUAUUUCUUUAUUUUAUUUUAUUUUAUUUUAUUUUAUUUUAUUUUUCUCCAUAGUCUAUGCAGGGGCAGCCUUAAGGGACAAAGAGACAGCCCUUCAAAAGUCCGGUCAAAUAUUUUAUUUAUGGUUUGUUUAUGGUUGCUUACUCCAGUCUGGCUCUUAAAUUCCAAUCUGCUAUUCUCAGCAGACAAUGUAAAAUUUAGGUAUACACAGAUUCCUCAUUGUGGCUUUGAGAUGAAAAGUACGCUUAAUAAUUCAUCUUUCUCUGCUUUGACUACAGUA